GAAGGGGCGGCGAAGAAGGGGUGAGAAAAGCUCCGCUUGGGGGUGACCAACGAGAGAGCAAGCGACGUACAUACUCCGCGCAUACAUCGGCGAACGGAGAUUUCGCGCGGAGAUGAACGUACGAGUGGUCGCCGUUCUGUAUGCCUCGUCCUCCCUUCGAUGACGUCGCGUCCUUGUUGGACAAGGAGGAUUACGUACGGAGAACAGGAGAACGUCACCGCCACCAUCGGCAGGACGAAGGAUACAUCGUCAUUGAGGAUUGUUUUUCAUCGCUCCUGGCGGCAGUGACCAUGGCGCCAGUCCUGCUGUGUAAACAGUGCUCCAGCGAAGGAUACGAUCCGUUUUCCAGAUUGAUGCCGCUGUGCCCUUGCUGACAAGCGGACGGAUCGUUUCUGACGGAACAUCCGGCAUUUGUGACAAGGCCGCGAAGAAAGCGAGGAAACGUUUCGUUGAGACAAAUUACGGCAGACUCACGAUAAUUAUUGUGACUCUAUUUGUUGUGAGAACUGCGUGAGAUCCUUUCCUUGCGUGGCGAGCUUACCGAGGUCAAAAAGUAAUCGGUUGCGAUGGUAUCGCGCGCAAUGAUGUUCGUUCGCGUCGCGAAUUUCGAAGAGGACAGAGGAAGCCCAGCGUCUUCGUGCUCGCUGUUGUUGUCGCAUACCCACAGUAGACUGAGGUGUAUCAUCCCGCACUUCAAAAGACAUAUCGCUUAUCCACCAUAAGAGGUCAAUGGUGAUGGCACGUGUCACGCGCCCUCGACAAAAAAUGGCGAACACGACUGACUCACCCGCGACGGCCGGCGGCAGCCUCCUUUCGUCCUCGACGACGACGCCGUUCACCACCUCGUCGACAUCGGCGGCGACCUACUCGAGUGAGGGUUACACCCUCAAUUAUAGCGGUCUGCCCAGUCUGGGCGGCUACUCGUUGGACGAUCUUAACUACACGGAACUCUGGCUGGACGUCUGGAACGGCACCGAGGUCAAUAACAUCACUGAAAGGCUGAAUGCGACAGUGUUAAUACCGGGUGGUUACUGCGACGAAUGGGAGGCUGCUCAGCACAAGCUCUUCCAGGCAGCAAAUUUAUUUUUUGCGGCUGCGUUUCUGGUGCCGCGCUCGUUCAAAGCUUCCGUCUUAGCUCUUCGCACAUUUCUCACGGCGGGCUUUAUGUUAGCGGCUCUCUGGGCCGGAAUCACUAUAUGCGCCCUGGACGCUAUGUUGUGGUGCUUGGCCCUCGGUCUGCUGAACGGUAUUCACUCUCUGAUACUCGCCUGUCGAUUCCUACCUCCGGCUCUCAGCCCCGAAUUAGCCGAGCUCUAUCUGAAGCUUUUCAAGCCCUAUAAGGUCAGCAAAAAACACUUCCAGGAGCUGGCGAAAGAGGCGAGAAUACUCAAACUGGAUUCCGAUCAGACGUACGCGACGGAAGGAGUCACGCAGGCAGAUAAAAGGCUAUCCAUUCUUUUACGUGGAAAACUGAAGGUAACUUGCGACGGAACACACUUGCAUUAUAUCAGAGCUUACCAGUUCGUCGACUCACCCGAAUGGGAGGCCAUGCACGAAAACGACGCCGACGUCUUCCAGGUGACAAUACGAGCCGAGGAGCCUAGCACUUACAUAUGUUGGACGAGAAUGAAGUUGCUCAGGGUGCUCCGGCACAGGCCGCUGCUCAAGGUCGUUCUCAACACCCUCAUCGGUAAGGACAUUACGUCCAAAUUGUACGCCCUUAACGAGCAGCUCGCUGGUGUCGCGACCGCCAGUGAGAACGCCACGUCGAAUCCUUACAGGGGGGUCACGAGGAGCGCCAGCGUCGACGCCGUUAACACGGAAACCGCCGGAAAGGUUCGAUCGACGACCUGGAAGACGCAGAGGCGGUACAGCAAUCCGCGUAAUGACAGGAAUUCCUCAGCUGGGUAUUCGCAUCAAUAUUGGGCGCCGGUGGUUGCCAACCACUUUCCGGCGACUUCGCCGUUUAUUCAGAGCCAAAAUCUCGGCUACUCGUUACUGCCGCAGAGUGUCCAAUUCUCGCCGCCGCCUCCGCGAGCAGCCGCGCUAUCUCAUCCCCCUGUGACGCGACAGCGUAGCGGGGGUGCUGGCGGCGAUUACACCCUGCUACCUCAGACACCGAAGCUCGAGAGGAAACGAUCGAAAAAAGGGACUAGAGAGGUGACCUUCGAGACACCGGUAUGACGCUCACUUGACGGGGAAGGUCCUGCCAGCGUGCCUCUGCUUUCACUAUCGCCGCAACGCUCUGCCUAGCCCCGUCGUGGUCUCGUUGUCACCUUGAAGCACAUCGUAAAACUCACUCUUUAAACUUCCGGUCGACGCGCGAUAUCAACGAAUGGCCUACCUCCUCGAAUGGGAAGGGAGAAUGCGUCGAUCACGGUACGAGUAUGCUUUGAGAUAUCAUGGAGGUCUCCUUGGUACCGCGUAAUCGCAAGAGAUCGCGUGAAAACGAAGUUGUUGCGGGUGCAGUUUUGAGGUGUGCCAUUGAUUUCCAUAUCCUGCAAGUGCCACGCCUUACACAGACACGCACGCACGUGUGAAAUCGAAACCGCGAUGACGGCCGUGGAAACAGUUCCGAUGUCCCUACGGGAUCGGGACAUCCGUCGGAGUUUUAAGGUAAAUCGAAAGGGGACGUGAAUCGUUCGUGAAUUAACGUGGAGAGGUGGAGUAAGCGAUGAAGAAAAUCGUAAACGAAAGACUAAAUAUAGAAUAUAUUGUAUCGAUGAGCAUCGCCUCUAUGUACACACAUACACCUUUACAUCGACUGUGAUUACAACGGAUAUAAUUAUUAAGUCUUUCAGAGAAACGCUGAUUAUAUACACAUACAAAAAGAGACACGUAUACGUUAAUUAGCUGCCGCGGUAAUCACACACGCAUAAUCAAUCCUAACGCUUGCAUAAAUUCAGGUGUCCUCCGUUAAAGCGCAUAACGAUUUUCGAAUAAUUUUAUAUUUACAAUAUUUCUAAUUUUACACAGACUUUUAUUUGUUUUAUACAUUUUCGAAGCAUUUCCGUUUUUGAUGUUGUUGUCCGUAAAAUCUUUAAGUUCUUAUAAUACAAAUUAUUACUUUAUAAAUUAUUGAAUUUUUAGAUAUCUUUACAUUAUUAUAUAUACCUGUCAUAGAAAUAAAAUUAUAUUGGCGAAAGACAUCUGAAUAGCAUAAAUUGGGAUCGUUGUAUAAAAUUAGUGCAUAAAAUGCGCAUUCACGAUAAAUGUGAUAUGUUGAGAAAACACGCAGCAGAUUCUAUCCGGCGAACGGAAGAAAAUUCCAUUUGCACUCCCUUAAUCAAAUACAAAACGCGUUAAAUAAAUAAACAAACAAAAAAAAAACAAAAAACAAAAAAAAAACUGGAAAAGUGAAAUGGAAAAACAUGCCGAAUAACCCAGGAGUAAAACAAUAAGUGCUUCGUUAAAAAAGCCUGCGCAAUAAAGUGCUUCGAAAAAAGUAGUUGAUGGCGAGAUACAAAUUAUAAAACAAAUUUUAAUUAUUCACGCAAAUUAAACGGAAAAAAAUAUGCGUUGUGCAUAAACGUAGAAGAAAAAAAAAAAAAAACAUGUGUGUUUGUAUGUUUCUAUGUUUAUAUAAUCGCCGCGUGUGAGAGCGAGGCUGUAGAAGAUCAACAAAGACGCACAAACGAUUAAACAAAACACGUGAAGAAAAUAAAAUUAAUUAAAACGGCUGUGUAGAGUCGAGUGUAAAUGUUAAAAAAAUGGCUGUAGAGUAUUGUAACGUUACGAAGGAGUGUGUGAGCAGUGUGUUCCAAGAGGCGCACGUCGGAAAGGAUCGCCGUUGUUCAAGUAGAAGUUACUUUGGUCAAAUUAGACGAGACAUUAUUGUAAUAUUUCAUUAUUAUGUAGUUGCUUUUGUGAUAACUGGACAUAUAUAUAUAUAGCAAAGUGAAAAAUCUAAUAACUUUAUAUAUUUAUAAUAAUCGAAAUUUUUGGAGACUGAGUUGCUGACUGGUAUUGUAAGUCUGUUAGUUUUGAAUAAUAUUUGCAGUGAUCUCUCUAAAUUUGGUGAAUAUUGUCGCGAUAUAUUUGUCGGAUUGUUUUUAGGAUUAAUUUGAAUUUCGAGAGAACUUAUUUGCAAAGACUGAUCUAUUUUCCGACGUAGACACGAGCCUAAAGUACGAAUGGAUCUAUUUGAAUGAUCUUUGUCGACGUUGCGUCAAGAGAGAAUAAACGAAAGCAAAACAAAUCGCGCGAGAUGGAGACUGCAGCAGCGAAGCAUCAACAUCACGACAUUGUAUAUUAUUAUUAUUAUUUAUUACAAUAUGUUCGUUGACUAUUAUGUUAGAAAUA